ACCGAACAGUGAUCGCAGGUUCACGAUGCUUCACGCAAUCCUAAUUAUAAAUAAGGCUGGUGGUCUCAUAUACAACCGAGACUUUACGGAAGGCCUGGCGAAGUUAACAAGCAAUGAGUAUCUUGUGAUGGCUGGCACAUUUCAUGGGGUCCACGCAAUCACCUCGAGAAUAUCCCCAGUGUCCCCUUCUUCAGGCAUGGAAGUCCUAGAAACAGACACCUUCAAAAUCUUCUGCUUUCAAACCCUCACAGGGGUGAAGUUCCUUUUAAUCACCGAUCCGUCGCAAGCUAACGUGGAUGUACCAUCAAGACGUGUGUACGAACUUUACGCUGACUUUGUCAUGAAGAACCCCUUUUACAAUCCGGAGAUGCCAAUACGCAUUGAUCUUUUCGAUGCUAACGUCCAGAAACUGGUGCGCCAAUUAAAUGCUGCAGGAUGAACCGUUCAUACAAUGGUUUGGCGGCUACGCUAUUUGCCAAUAUGUUUAUAUAUGUGGAACCUUCGUCUACGUACUGUACAUUACACCCACCCUUUUUGCGAAUGAAAAAAAUGCAUACUCCCUUCUACCUCA